AUGGUGAAGGAAGGCAUUGUUUUGGGGCAUAAAAUAUCAAGCAAAGGCAUUGAAGUUGACAAGGAAAAAAUUGAAGUGAUUGAGAAAUUGCCAACUCCUAUCUCAGUCAAGCACAUAAGGAGUUUCUUGGGGCAUGCAGCUUUUGAAGAACUUAAAAAUAGGCUGAUUACAGCUCUUAUUAUUGUAGCACCAGAUUGGUCUUUGCCAUUUGAACUUAUGUGUGAUGCAAGUCACUAUGUCGUUGGGGCUGUUCUGGGCAGCGAAGAAACAAGGUAUUCCACUCCAUUUAUUACGCAAGUCGUCAUUGUUUUCACAAAUUAUUCAGUGAUAAAGUAUUUGAUAGCAAAGAAAGAUGUUAAACCAAGGCUAAUUCAUUGGAUGUUAUUGCUUCAGGAGUUUGAUUUAGAGAUACAAGAUCGAAAGAGAGUGGAAAACAAGGUGGCCGGCCAUUUAUCACGGAUGGAACAUGAUGGUGUAUCUCAAAAUCAUGUUCCUAUCAAUGAGACCUUUCCUGAUGAGCAGAUUUUUGAGGUGAAGACUUCUUGUGAGAAACCAUGGUUCACUGAUUUUGCAAAUUAUUUGUCAACUGGACUCAUGCCUCUUGAUUUAUCGAGUCAAUAA